AUGGAUUCUUCGGGCAUGAAGGACAUGGCAAAGGCCGCGUCCGAACAGAUCGAACAUGCCAGCAUGCACGAUGAAUCAUCUUUCUCUCCCAAGGAGGAGAGAGCUCUUGUCCAGAAGAUAGAUCUCACUCUACUUCCUACAAUCUGGAUCAUGUAUCUUCUUUCCUACAUGGAUCGCACCAAUAUUGGCAACGCGAAGAUUUCAGGAAUGGAAUCAGACCUCAACCUCACCUCCAGUCAAUAUUCCACAGCAUUGUUGGUGUUCUUUGUUGGCUAUGUGGUUUUUGAAGUCCCGAGCAAUCUGGUGCUAAGCCGCUCCCGUCCAUCCAUCUUCCUUCCAGCAAUAAUGGUGACUUGGGGGGUACUGACCUGUGUGAUGGCAGCGAUCAAGGAUUUCAAGCAUCUUGUUGCCCUUCGGGUCAUUAUCGGAUGUGUUGAAGCAGGGUUUGCACCUGGCGUGUUGCUAGUCCUUUCCUCGUGGUAUAAGCGUACAGAGCAGUCCAAGAGGUUCGGGGUAUAUAUCUCUGCGGCCAUAUUAUCCGGUGCAUUUGGCGGAAUAUUAGCUGCUGUUAUUGUCAACAAUCUUGAGGGAGUCCAUGGAAUACGUGGAUGGCGAUGGCUUUUUAUUGUGGAAGGCGCGGCAACCAUAGGUGUCGCGUUGAUAUCUUUGUUCAUCUUGCCUGACUUUCCAGCCACUUCAAAGAGGCUUUCGGCCCGCGAGAGGGAGAUUGCAGUGGCUCGUCUAGCCACCGAAAUCGUCACUGCGAUCACAGAGGAUAGCGAGCGGCUGACACACUGGCAGGCCAUUUUUGUGUCGGUGAAAGAUUGGCGUACUUGGGCAUUUACAAUCGGUUACAUGGUGAGUCAUCGUUGGAUCCAGUACUCUUUCAUAUUUUUAUCCUACAUUAGUCAAGGGACUCUUUGGACAUGCGUCAACGGAAAAAUCAAUUUUCUUACCGUCCCAAUCUAUGGAGUGGCAUUUGUAUGUACCGGAAUAACUGCUUAUUUCAGUGACAAGAUUCCAACAUGGCGCGGAAUGGUCAUUGCAGCCUGGCUGUCCUUUUCGCUGGCCUGCUCAAUCGCAGUUUGCGCAGUUUAUAACUUCACGACGCGAUAUUUUCUUCUGAUAUUGAUGGCCGCGGGACUCUGGGCCACAAAUGGAGGUACCUUGGCCUAUGCCUCUUCUGCCUUUGCCGGAAUGAAUCCGGAGGCCCGAGGUGCAAGCCUGGCUUUGGUCAACGCGUCAGGAAAUCUAGCACAGAUUUAUGGCUCGUAUCUCUUUCCUGAUAGCGAUGAGCCGAAAUUUCUCAUGGGAUUUGCUGUGAUUUUCGCCAUGCUAGCAUUAGGCAUUGUUGUUUUCAUUUUGCUACAUAUUUGGUUUCGUCGCCAGGCUUGCUCGGUGAUAGAUAACUGA